AACGACAACCUGUGAUGGCCGUAAACAAAAACUGGUGAACGAAUCGAAUAAAUCGCGUACGAUAAAUAUAAAUAAUUGUUGUAUUAAACAAAAUAGCGUCUACUGUCGCCACACACCCCCAUUAAAAAAGAUUAGUUUGUGUAGUCCGAGUAACCCCAGUGGCUUUAACGAUAAGUGCAGCUGUUUAUUUAUUGCAUCCAAACAGCAACCAACACAGACACACAAACUGACAAUCAUUCGCCACCCCCGUAGCUUGUUAGCAAGCUUUUAGAAGGGAGUGGGAGUAGUUUUGAAGGAUAGCAAGAGUAACUGUAAGUGCAAGGAUACGCGCCCCUACCACCCCCUCCAAAGUCAAGCUCAGAAUCGGUAAUGGAGCCCACCACAGCUGCAGCCACAACCGCACCUGCGGCGGCAAACAAUAAACGAAGCACGCAGCCUGGUCGCAAGAAGUCGGGUCCUAAAUUUGAGCUCUCGGAGGCACAGAAGUCGGACAUCAAAGAGGCGUUUGACUUGUUCGACAAUGAUUCCACCGGCUUCAUAGAGGUUAAGGAGCUAAAGGUGGCCAUUCGCGCCUUGGGCUUCGAGCCAAAGAAGGAGGAAAUUAAACGCAUGAUAGCAGAAAUCGAUAAGGAUAGUACUGGCCGCAUAGCCUUUAGCUCGUUUCUCUACCUGAUGACCAUGAAAAUGGCGGAAAAGGACACCAAAGAAGAGAUAUUGAAGGCGUUUCGCCUCUUUGAUGACGACGAGACGGGCAAAAUCUCAUUCAAGAAUCUCAAACGAGUGGCACGCGAGUUGGGCGAAACGCUCACCGACGAGGAGCUGCGGGAAAUGAUUGAUGAAGCUGACUUGGAUAACGAUGGUGAAGUUAAUCAGGAAGAGUUCCUGCGCAUUAUGAAAAAGACCAGUUUGUAUUAGGAGGUUCAAUUGAGAUCCUUCAUGUUGUUAGUUGAAUGCUCUCACUACAUUUAAGUUUAGUCUCGCUAUACAUUGCCAAUUAUGUAAUUACCCUUUGGGUGUAUCUGCUUUUUGUGUACGUGUUUGUAAUUGUAUGUGUAAGCCAACCUGGCAGCUUCGUAAUUUAUGUUCUUUUUCCAAUGAACAAGCACACAAUUCGCACUGGAUGUAUUAAUGCACAACCAAGUCUAAUGAAUAAAUAACAGAUAGCCUACGUUUUUCUAUGUAGUGAUCAGCAAAAGGCCUAGAAGGCAGUAUAAUAGGCUUUUUAAAACUACUUCCCAACAGGAAGUAGAUUUAAAGAUAGAUCCUUUUAAAUAAUUUUUGUCAACUUCAUAUUUAGGGAGUCUACAUUCAUUUGGGAUUUCAUGUUCCAGCACCGCUCUCCCAAUGUUUAUAUAGUAUCCCAUGUCUGCUAAUGCUAUACUAUAAUUGAAAGGAAUUUUUUUUGUAUACCAAAGAUUUUUCGAAAUUACUAAUACCAGGGGCCUGGCAUAGCUCAACUAGCCAGCCAGAAUCCGACAAUGUAAGCUCGUUCCUGAGUAGAUAAAUCACGGCGCUACCAUCAUCGCAUAAGCAAGAUUUAACAUUUCUUGCAGCCUUCGAAUUCUGUAGGAGUGGCGACGUAUAUACAAAUGUCCAACUGUUAUGUUAUUCGCAAGUUAAUAAAAAUAAUUUACAAAACCAA